AUUAUUCUGAAGCACCUACAUUACAGUUUCCUGCAAUAGCGGCAAAAUAUUAUUUUGUUUUUGUGCGUUAGAUGGCGCGAUUAAAUAAGUGUUUCUCAUCUAUGUGAAACCCAGAGAAUCGUGUAACUUUAUUUCCUUUCCUAUCAUUAACUUUAUAGGCUAUAUUUCUUUUACUUUGGAGUGUUCAAUACGCAUGGUUUAUCCAAAUUAGUGUUGUACGUGUCAAUCUAAAUAUGCCUAAAGAAAAGGAGUCGUUAUAUACCCGAAAAUACCGAGUUGCUUGGGAAUCCGAUGCUGAACUUAAAGAUAGUAAAUAUUCAUUGAUUAUAGAUGAGAGCACUGCAGUCGAUUCCACAAAAAUGCUAUGCGUUAUGAUAAAAUAUUUUAGUAAAAAUCAAACUAAGAUUGUUACGACUUUCUACAAACUUAUCGAAAUUGAAAAGGGAGAUGCCAUAACUAUCUCGGCUGCGGUGACAAAACAACUGGAGCUAGACGGUUUAAAAUUAGGGAAUCUAAUAGGAAUCGGUGUUGAUGGAGCCAAUGUUAUGGUUGGAGCGCAUAAUUCAGUAGCUUCUUUUUUGAAAGCAAAGAAUAAUGAACUUGUUAUUAUUAAGUGCGUCUGUCAUUCUCUGCAUUUGGCAGCAGAGUAUGCAUUUAAACUUCUACCUCGUCAUUUGGACUUUAUAAUCAAGGAAUGCCACAAUUGGUUCUCUUGUAGUACAAAAAGGCAAAUAGCAUACAAACAAAUAUUUGAAACACUGACGGAUCAAAAACCACUAAAAAUUGACCAACUAUCAGGAACCAGAUGGCUAGCCAGAUACAAUGCGAUAGUUAAAAUUCUAGAACAAUGGGAUGCAUUAAAAAUACACUUUGGUAUAGUAAAAGAUAAUGAAAGGUGUUAUAUGGCUGAACAGCUGUUUCAAAUGUUAUCGGACCAAACUAAUGUAUUAUAUUUCACCUUUUUGAGUUGGACAUUGAAAGAAAUAAUUAGAGUUAAUAAACUGUUUCAGUCAGAGUGUGCAGAUCCACUGAAAUUAAUGGAAGAUUUGAAUUUAUUACUUUUCAAUAACCUAAGUAUUUUAGUACCACCUAUGAGACUUAAAAAAAUUUCAAAAAAUAACGUCGUUGAUUUCAAAUUUGAAGAUUACAUUAUGGAUAUAGAAUUGAUAAAUUUAGGAUAUUCGUUCAAUUCAAAAGCGUCAUCCUUAGCAAUUAAACAAGAUGAACUACUAAUGGUGCGAACUAGAUGUAAAGAUUUUUUAGUGGAAUUAUGUCGACAAAUUCAAAUGAGAAUCCCUGAAAGUAUGAAUAUUUUGGAGAAAAUAAAUUCAUUUAACCCCGAAUUAGCUACAUCCAAGAUACGUCAACCUGAAAUAACUAAUAUUGCUUUAUCUUUCUCAACAAUAUGUCCUGACCUUGAUAGUACAAUUGCAGAAUGGAAAUCACUUCCUCGAAUAAAUUGGAUAAACCUGCAUGAUACAGAAAAGUUUUGGGUUGAGGUGGCAAAUAACGUCGAUGCAGCAGGGGAACCUAGAUAUAAAAAUAUUUCAUCAUUAGCUCUUGCGUUACUUAGCCUUCCAUUUUCUAAUGCUUCAGUUGAGAGAGCUUUUUCCAUUAUAAAUGUGGUAAAAAACAAACUUAGAAAUCGCUUGGCGAUUCAUAGUACAGAUGCUAUCAUGAGAGUUCGAUGGUAUCUGUGCAAUUUAAAAAAUGGUUGUACAGAUUUUCAACCACCUGAAAAUAUGUUGCAAUAUUUCAAUUCUGAAAGAAUGUAUGAUUGCAAAAAGGAGGAGGAAGAAGUUUUAAAUGCAUUCUCGGAGCUGUAG